UUUGACUUGAGUUUUCGCAUCUAAUAGUCCAAACAUUUGAACGAUUGUCAUGAACGAGGAACUCAAAAACAAGAUUCAUGAGCUUGACAUUCUUACUGAAGAACUUUCAUCUUUGAGACCAAAUGCGACGGUAUAUGCUAAAAAGGUACCAUCCUCUAGGGUCCUGUUUCGUGAAAAUAAGACGAUUUUGACCGAGAUAAAGAGGAAGGAGCUGGUCGAGGCAAAAGAGGCUUUGGUAGCAAUCCCAAACCAAGCACAUGCAUAAACACCUUUUUAAAGAUAUACUUCCAUACUUUCAGACUUGGACAAAAACGCAAGCUCAAUCAUGGACCUAUGCUCCUUUAGAAUAAUAAAGAUAUAAAGAUACUUCCCGAGCGACAAAUAUGAAUAGGCUCCUUUAUUUCUUCGUUUAUUAAUAAAAAUAUCGAAU